GCGCGGAGUGACAUGUCGUUUAUGCUGUGUUACGGCAGUUGGCAACUGUUGCCCUUGGAGUCAAACGCCAUAACUACGGAAGCUGGGAGGACCUAGUAACCUGUCAACAAAAAGACGGGAGAGAGUGGUGGCCCGAGGCGGCUUGAUGGAAGCUCAGGGUUUCAUCACGGAGAUGCAGCCGCUGAGCUCGAGUCACGUCCAGCAGCCACAGAACUCGCCCCCGCAGGCCCAGGCAGUCGUGUCCCAGCCAGCGACCACCAUGCAAGCAGCCACCACGGCGGCCUCGCAGCAGACCCAGGCAGUGGUUGUUGCCACGGCAACUGCUCAGCAGGUGGUGCCCUCGACAUCCCCACCACAGACGAGUCCACAGGCAACGGUGGUCCAGGUAUCGACGACCAAUGGCACGCCGCACUUCAUCGCUGUUGCAGUGGCCGAUGCCGAUGGACAGACGCCUGGCACUGUGACCCUUCAGCCGACUUCUGCAGUGCACCCGACAUACGUCCAGUAUGUUGAUAGCACUGGAGAUCCCAGCCUUUACACCACCACUAACGGACAGAUGACGGGUUAUCCUGUGUACAGCGUCACAGAUGCAGGGGCGAUGUACACCCCUGGCAAUGCUGCCUACUACAGCACCGCCAGCGGUACUGCGGUCACCUAUUCGCAGGCUCUGGAAGUGGCGGAAGUUUCCUUUCUAAGCUCGAAAACCGAUGACCAGCGCAAAGUGGUUGAGAUGAUGUCGGCCUACCCCGGAGACCAGUGUGUGGUGCAAACACUCCAGGAGGCAUCACCCAUGCCUCUGGCCGCAGCUGCGGCUACAACUCCUGCCACUGCGGCCACCGUGGUUACGGCCACUGCAUCGGUUGGCAGCUCCUCUCAGCACUCGCCGUCAUCUGGUGGCAGCGGUGGGCAACACCAGAACAUACGCGACAUGGACAUCAUCCACGUGCAGUGGUUGAUCGACAACUACGAGACGGCGGAGGGGGUGUCGCUGCCGCGGAGCACGCUGUACAACCACUACCUGCGGCACUGCGGGGAACACAAGCUGGAACCCGUCAAUGCCGCUUCCUUUGGAAAGCUCAUCCGCUCCGUUUUCCUCGGCCUGCGCACACGACGACUCGGCACCCGGGGCAACUCCAAGUACCACUACUACGGCAUUCGGGUGAAGCCCAACUCGCCGCUCAACCAGAUCUCGGAGGAAGUGACCACCACUGCUCUGCGGCAGCAGUCGGCGACACAGGCCAAGAGAUUCCGGCUGAGCGGAACCAAGUCCGGCCUGUCCGACACCCCAGAGUCCAGCACCGGGGCAGGAGGAGGAGGAGGAGGAGGGGGUGCGGUCGUUCCGAGCCAAGGGCAGGCGGCCGAUGCGCCAGGGGCUGCCACCAGUGCGGCGCCACCCGUCGCAGCACAGCAGCCCUCGUCUGCUCAGCAGCACCUGCAGUUCCUGGGCGACGCGUCUGCGGCCGUUCCCGUGCUGGCCGAGGUGGACUUCGGCGGCGGCCCCCUCCCAGAAGGGCUCGCCAAGAAGGAUAUCGAGGCAUUCCGGCGCCUGUACCAGGACCACUGCGAUGCCUUCUUGGAGGCUGUGAUGAACCUGCACUUUUCAACGGUUGAGUCCCUAUGGCAAGACCUGUGGGGAGGUGCUGGCAACGACUGUGGGGAGCCGGACAAAGGGCUGAGCCAGUCGAAGCUACACCUGUUGUGCAAGUGUGAGGCUGUGCAGAAGUUUGUGCAGCGUGCCGACUACCAGUUCUACCAGAACCUGGUGGAUGUCCUCAUCCCCGACGUGCUACGGCCCAUCCCCAGCUCCUUGACGCAGGCCAUCCGGAAUUUCGCCAAGAGCCUCGAGGGCUGGCUGACGUCAGCCAUGCAAGGCUGUCCCGAGGACAUGGUCAAGAUCAAGAUCGGCGCUGUGAGUGCUUUUGCACAAACACUGCGGCGGUACACCUCGCUCAACCACCUAGCGCAAGCAGCACGGGCAGUGCUCCAGAAUUCAUCUCAGAUCAACCAGAUGCUCUCCGAUCUCAACCGGGUCGACUUCCACAACGUCCAGGAGCAGGCAUCGUGGGUGUGCCAGUGUGAGGACAGCCUGGUGCGCCAGCUCGAGCAGGACUUCAAGCUGACGCUGCAGCAGCAGACCUCGCUCGAGCAGUGGGCCGCCUGGCUUGACAGUGUCGUGGGACAGGUGCUCGAGCCGUUCCGCGGCCGGCCCGAGUUUCCGCGGGCGGCCCGCCAGUUCCUGCUCAAGUGGUCCUUCUACAGUUCGAUGGUGAUCCGCGACCUAACGUUGCGUAGUGCGGCCAGUUUUGGGUCGUUCCACCUCAUCCGCCUCCUGUACGAUGAGUACAUGUUCUACCUGGUGGAGCACCGAGUGUCCAAGGCCACGGGAAAAACACCCAUUGCUGUCAUGGGAGAGUUCCUGGGCUUGGGAGCCAAGGCAGCGCCCUGUGACGCCCUGAGCCCCGACGUAGUCGUUGAAAACGGCUCUUCACCGUCCUCGUCCUCAACGAGCAACUGCUCCACGCGUCCAACCACGGCAGGGUACAGCAUGGUCCUCGCCAACGGCUGGCCAGCCACUAUUGUGAGCCAGGCGCCAACGGCAGAAAAUGAAAGCACGGGUGCUCUGGUCAAGAAGCUGAAGAGCGUCUAGUCAGUGCCAGU